AUGCCCGGUGCCCGUUUUGUUGCAAACCCUAUAAUUAUACUCGGAGAGGAGCGAGCUAGAAUUGGUAGGCAUGAGAUCCCUUGUCGAAUGGCCAUCCAUGAAGUCGUUGAAGCAAUUACUAUUAUUCGUCCGGACGGCCCAACUGAGUACAAGUUCGACAGAAAUGUACUAUUUAAUCCAGGAGAAUCUGUAGAGUUGGACCCUUCAGGGGGUGAUUGCGAGGAAGAUGGUUAUGCCGGUAUCGCGCUGGUGAGUGCUGCGGCGGACCUCUGCCACUCCGCUACUGUACCCAUGAUUUUGCAUUUGGACCAUGCGCAAACGCCUGAGCUAGUGCGACAGGCUGCUAGUAUCCCUGGCGGGGUUGACAGCAUUAUGAACCUUGUGGUGUACUGCCACGCGCUCGGAGUCGCAACCGAGGCCGAACCGGAAGGAUUGAAGGUGGUGGAGGAUGGCGCUGCAGAGGCUGUUGAUCUUGAGGGUGUCUUGACAACACUAGAGCAAGCAGAGGAGUUUGUUGCGCCUGGGAUUGAAAUGCUGGCUCCUGCCUUUGGGGACGGCCAUGGUGAAUAUGAACCGCGCGGCAUCAGGCUGGAGUACGAGAGACUGGAGCGAGUUCAUGCUGCGGUUGGUGAGCGGGUUCGUCUCGUCCUUCAUGGCGCGGAUCCUUUACUAAGAAAAUAUAUGACCGGUGCAUCGGGGCAGGAGUGGUGA